AUGGCCCAGAGGCCAAGCUUCGCGACUCCGCCCCCGUCCGUCCCGGACGUGGACGUCUCCUUCCCGCGCCCGCACGUCCUCCUCGUCACACUCAACCGGCCCCGCCAGCUCAACUCCAUCCCCGCCGAGCUCCACUACGCCCUCGCCCGCCUCUACGACUGGUACGACGCCGAGCCCUCCCUCCGCUGCGCCGUCCUCACCGGCACCGGUCGCGCCUUCUGCGCCGGCGCCGACCUGAAGGAGUGGAACGCCCGCAACGCCUCCGCCGGCACCGCCGCACCCCCGACCCCAUCCGCCGACCCGACGCCCGUCGCUGCCGUCGCCCCAUCGGGCGGCGAAAACCCCGGCGACGGGUGGCGUCCGCCCGCCGGCUUCGGGGGCCUGUCGAACCGCGACGGUAAGAAGCCCGUCAUCGCCGCCGUCAAUGGGCUCUGCCUCGGCGGCGGCAUGGAGAUGGCCAUCAACGCGGACCUGGUCUACGCAUCCACCGAGGCCCGGUUCGGCCUCCCCGAGGUGACCAUCGGCGUCAUCGCCGUCGCCGGCGCCCUGCCGCGGCUCAUCAAGUCCGUCGGCCGGCAGAGGGCCUCGGAGAUGGCCCUCAUCGGGCGCACCGACUACACCCCCGAGCAGCUGCUCACCUGGGGCCUGGUCAACGAGGUGGUGCCGCCCGGCUCGCUGAUGGAGACCGCCAUCGCCGCCGCCGAGGCGAUCGCGAGGAACUCCCCGGACGCCGUCAUCGUCUCACGGGAGGGGCUGAAGAGCGGGUGGGAGCCCGUGGGCCCCGUGGGGGCGACGGCGGCCGUCGAACAGGGCAUCUACCGCAGGAUGGAGGCCGGGGAGAACAUGACGGAGGGCGUCAAGAGUUUCGUCGAGAAGAGGAAGCCCGUGUACAAAGAUAGCAAGUUGUGA